CGUUUGUUAAAACUAUAAUCUCUGCUUAAGAACUGGGCAAGCAUGUUCCGGGCUCUUUACGAUAAGCAAUAUGGCAGGACAGAGCCAGCUAAGUUGUUUUCCCUGGCGAAAGCAAAUGUCAGCUUUGUACAGAGACUUAUACUGUAUAGAAAUCUGGAUGUACACUCUGGAUGUGUGAACACAAUUUGCUGGAGUGACAGUGGUUCCAGUAUCCUCUCAGGGGCAGAUGAUCAACAGCUGGUGAUAACGUGUCCUUACACAGGGCAGAAACAACUGUCUAUCCGAUCUGGUCACCGAGCCAAUAUUUUUAGUGCCAAGUUUUUGCCAAAUACAGUCGAUAAACAGAUUGUGUCUUGUUCGGGUGAUGGUAAGAUCUAUUUCACAGAGGUGGAAAGAGAAGACACAUAUGGAACUCAGUGCUUUGAUUGUCACUAUGGAACCACAUAUGAGGUGAUAACCAUCCCGGGGGAAGCAUCCACUUUCCUUAGCUGUGGAGAGGAUGGGACUGUCAGGUGGUUUGAUCUCCGCAUCAAGACCAAGUGCCAAAAGGAGGACUGUAAAGAGGACGUUAUGAUAAACUGUAGCCGAGCAGUGACCUCGCUGUCUGUCAACCCCAUUCUGCCGUAUCAGCUUGGUGUGGCCUGUUCUGACAGUGCUGUCAGGAUAUUUGAUAGGAGGAUGCUGGGAACACGCCUCAUGGGGAAUUACUCUGGCCGUAUGAUCACAGGCCUGGUCAGCCGCUUUAGUGCUAACCUAUCACAGAAGCGAUUUUACAGGAUUACCUCCCUUCAGUAUAGUCCAGAUGGGAAGGACAUGCUGGUCAGCUACUCUUCAGAACUCCUUUAUCUGUUCAGUACCAAGGAGGAUAGCAAAUCUCAAGAGUUCCAGAAAACUUCAAAGCCAGAGGUUGGCCAGUCUAUUGAGGACAUAUGUACUAAAGGCAAUGACAGUGGUUCAGACUCUGGAAACACCAAGACUGAUAAACCAACAGAUUCUUCCAAAGUGGAGAAAGACACAAGCUCUGCACACAAAUCAGAUUCACAGGAGGCUACUACAGAAGUUGUGGAGACUCGUGCAGCAGAAGAUAACCUUCCCCAGUCCUCAUCACAAGAGGGAGCUGUUGGCAGCAAUGACACAAACCCGCGCCAACCUCCAAUUAAGCGUCUGCGUCUGAGAGGUGACUGGUCAGACACAGGGCCUAAUGCUCGCCCAGAAAGUGAGAGAGAUGACGUUGAAGAGCGCAGCCCUCAUGUGACACUGAUGCAGAGAAUGUCGGAUAUGCUUACCCGCUGGUUGGAUGGUAACAUCAGACCAGAGCAGGGGGAGGCUGGGAGUACCAGUGCGGCUGGUGAAGGCAGCAGUAACCCUGAGGGUGGGGAUGAGCCCCAAGGUGCCGAGGGAAGGAGCGAUAUGCCAACAGGGCGCAGACGUGGGGUCCAGGAACAUCAGGGUUUGAUUCAGGACCUGGAGAGCAUGGAGAUCCCUCGUCAGCCUCACUGUGAUAUAACUGACACGUUACGUAGUCUGUCCAAAUACCAUCAGCCAGAUGGUUCCAGUCAACUGCCUGUCAAGAAAUCAUGCAAUAAUCCCGAGUCCUUCAAACUCAGUACUUCUCCGUGCCCCGAGGAUAUGGCAGAAACUGAUCAACAAUCAUCUGUGACUGACUUUCAGAUAUCCCAGCAUGCGCCAGAGUCCUGUGGUAACGGUGCUAGUUUGCCGAAAGGAGAACCAAGUUCAAGCUGUGAUCGUUCAGUUUCUGGUGCAUUGAAUAAUGAAGAUGUCAAAAGUACUCACCAGCAGCAGCAUCCUUCAAAGGACACUGGUUUAGGGAGCUCAGAGUCAGGUCAUGUGACAUCUGAUUCCGCAUUGGCCACUGGUUCACGACCUCUGCGUAAAGGUCAGGACUGGAUAGAACCUGUUAUCAGCUUGAACUACAGCACAGAGGGCACGACCUCCAGCACCAUCCAGGUGGAGUUCACCUCUUUCCCACCAGAGGACAAAGGGCCGAGUUUGUCGCAGACAAGCUCUGCAGUGCAUGCAAACAGGACUGAUGAGCCCUCUGGGCUAGCAAGCAAGCAAGAGAGUGUCAUAGAGUCUCACAGCACAUCAGGUAAUGUGUUAGGGUCCAACAGACUCAUUAGAACCAAGAAUGACUCGGGUUCAGUAGAUACAUGUGGUUCACUUACGGCCACAGGAGACUCUUGUAGUUCCGAGACAGCUACAGUUGAUAGUUCUAGUGCAGCUGCAUUUGAUAGUUCAGAGAUGUCUACAGUCAAUAGUUCUUCAGAGACAGCUGCAUUUGAUACUUCAGAGAUGUCUACAGUCAAUAGUUCUUCAGAGACAGCUGCAGUUCAUAGUUCAAAGGUGGGUGCACAUGAUAGUUCAGGGAUGUCUUCAGUUGAUUCAUUGACAGCUGAUGAAGAAAGUUUAGAGUCCGCUGCAGUUGAUAGUUCGGCAGAGGCAAUGGGAGAUGAGCAUUUAAUGCACUCAGUAGAGGUUAUAAAGGCAGGUGUUUCCAGCAGACACCCUGAUGGUAAUACCCAGACAGCAGACUGUGAGCAGGGAGCAAUGACUAAGCAGUCAGAUGCAGUGAGCUCCAGGCUCACUAGCCAAGGUGAUGUAAUGAAAGCACAAGAUCAAAGCACAACAGAUCAGGGGAGACAACCCAGAUGGCAAGAUACAGUGGAGUCAACAUCAAGCCAGGUUGGAUCAGGUACAAGGCAACGUCGUAUUGGGAGGAGUGGGCCACCAACAGGUGACUUCCAGCUGGACUCUAGAGGAGACAGCAGUGAUGAGGGCCCUGGAGAGGCAUCAGCUCAGAGGAGGCAACCACAGCGAGAUGACUCUGACGAUUUAGAGCGUAAUGUAGCAGCAAUCCGUCUUCAGAACUUCUAUAGGAAGAAACAUGCAGAGCGUGAAGAGAAGGACUUGGAUGCCAUCCAAGUGUAUCAGCCCAAAGUCAAGCGGAAAUACAGAGGUCACAGAAAUGCCAGAACAAUGAUCAAGGAGGCCAACUUCUGGGGGGAUGGGUUUGUGAUGAGUGGUUCAGACUGUGGUCAUAUCUUCAUGUGGGACAGAAACACUACAGAGCUGGUCAUGUUACUGGAGGCAGACCGCCAUGUCGUUAACUGUCUUCAGCCACACCCCUUUGACCCAGUGUUGGCCUCCAGUGGUAUAGACUAUGAUAUCAAGGUCUGGGCACCUCUUUCUUCCACACAGUACUUUGACCAGACCUCAGCUGCAGAGAUAAUACGUCGUAAUGAGGUGAUGCUGGAGGAGACAAGAGACACCAUCACUGUGCCUGCGGCAUUCAUGCUGCGUGUUUUGGCCUCACUAAAUCACAUCCGAACAGGCAGGCCGUCUGAAAAUGAAUCUGCCAGCGACAGUGAUUGAGAUCAAGGCGUCUUAUGGUCUGGAGGAUGAAAUCUCAUAUUACCUGCAAAACUAUAAUGAUAAGAUGUGUCUUCAUUAACAUAUCAUAUAUUGUUACUGAAGAGAGCAGAGUAGAUGUAGUAGAAGAGAGAUGUAUUUUCACAGUGCUUGAACAAUUGUUUUGUUUUUUACCCAAACUGGCAGCUAGAUAUCCUUUUCCACCUACAACUCUAUCUAACAAAUACUCAAAGAAUAUUUUCACUUUGUAAGCUUAUAACUUGCAUCAACUAUAACGUUAUAACUUUGUAUGUAACAUGCCUGCUUCAGGAUGUACCUUGUUACCUGCAAAAUGCAAAUGUCAUUUGUGUUAUCUGCUGUUGUUUUGACAUUGUUUUGAUUGCAGUGCCAAGAUGUCAGUAGUUAAUUAUUGCAAUGUUAAGAUUUGUUAAACAGGAGUGAAUUUCAGCUGCAGCAGGUAUUGUCUAGAAAAAGCAGUCGCUUAAAUACUGGGUUGAUUAAAAUUGAGCUCUGUGGGUUUUGACAUUCUGCAGAGACUAGCUCUCUUUAAUGUUGGUCAGGUAGAUCUCGUCCACUUUCAAAUACCAUAGUUUUAUAUGUAUAACAGGCAUUUUGCAAACUGAGGCAACUGUCAGAAAUCUUAUAAAGUAACCUCCCUACAAAUCCAGUGAAACCAACAUGUAACACUAGCCAUGGUAAAUGACCCAAAACUUUGCGCAUAACAAACUGCACAUUUUGAGGUUUAUUGAUCUUAGAAAGGUAUUUUGAAGUUUGUUUGAAAGGUAGGAUGAUGUCCCACUGGAAAAGGCAUAUUUCAGCACCAAAAGUAAAAUUUUGUGUCAUUUAUUUGCUUUUAAACAUGCCCUUUUUGGGGGCAAUAUUUUAGGUCAUUUGCCAUAUUACACAUAAAGAGAACCAUGAAUCUCAGUCCUGUGUGGACACAGUGUUCGCUAUUUCACCAGUCGCUCAUAAAGUCAGCAACAAUGUAAUAAAACUUUAAAAAAGGUUAAGCAAAUCUGCAUUAAAUCAAAAUGAUUUUGUGUCCAGUCUGUGUGUUUAAGUAGAGAGAAAACUAUGUGAAGAAUUUGUACUAACCUACAGAAAAGUGAUGUGAACAACAGAGGUAUGACAAGUUGCUUUCUUUGAGACACUCCCGUGCUGUAAACAUAUUCUAGCACCCUGACCACACUCUAGUGUAUAGCUUGUACAGAUAAAGGUGUCAUCAUGAAAUCAGUAUACUCUACCUGUAUUAUGGGGCCUUAUUGGCAGAGUAGUCAACAGUGUUGUGGCUGGGGGAUGCAUACUACCCCUCUGUGAUUGUGCUCUUGUGUUCAAAUCCAGCCCUGAUAUGUGUUGCCGUAUUAAAGAGUCUUAAUUACCUUGUAAAAUGGAGUGGUUGGCGAUGGAUGGUUAUGUUGAAUAUGGUGUGAAGCACCUGUCAAUAAAAUAAAUCAUUUGUACUUAGAAUUAAGCAAUGUAUUGACAAAUUUGUGAUGUCUGUCUUGUUAAUGACAGUUAAAGUUUAUCCAACUCCAGGUUUCUGGAGUUAUUUAUUCAUUUUCAGGUACAGGUAUAAUAUGUUGUGGUAUUUGAUAUUUUCAUUAAUAUGUAAUCACCAUAAUUCUCUUGGAUCAGUGUUUCUGAUGUACCUGUAAGUCUAUGGUCAUUAUUGCGCACAGUGGCAUAGAUUUUAGUAACAAAUUUUAAGCAAGUAGUUGUACUUUCACGUUCACUUUUCAAUUCAUGUUGUGCAUGCAGCCCUGAAAACUGAUUAUUGUACUUGCAAAAUUUUGCCACAAAUUGUCAGUUCGUAGCACUUAAAAUUUAGAAACAGCUGUGUUUCAAGUUGGCAAAGUUUAAUGUCUUGAAUUGGAUAUUUGUCUGUAAUACCAAUAGGUUAUAUGUUCUUUGUGCCAUGCUGUAAGCCCACCACAGUCACACCAUCUUGUAACUGGCUCGUGGCAUUCCAGUAGCCAAUGAUUGUUUUACUGCAGACAUAGUAUCGAGGAUUGUGGUUGUCCUGGUGAUGAGCUAAUAAGAAAAUUAUGUCACCGUUUCACUGCAGUUCCACAUGUACACUACAGGUACACUAUUCACAUGCUAGUGAAUUACUACUCAGUUGUCUGAUGAGAACUUUCCUCCCCUUUAACAGUAUGUCACUGACAGUAACCAAGUAUUUAUCGCAGUCCUCCAGUACUUGCCACUCCCAGUUGGUUUAGGGUAAGUGUGUGCAUGUAGGUAAGACUUAAUCAGUGUUUAGUAUUUCUCUUUAGUGUAUUUAUAUGGUUACACAUUGUACUCUCAGAAAGAAAACUUGUACAUUUUCUGUAUAUACAUCAUGCAUAUGGAUAAUGUUGGCCCAGUAUAAUGCUGUGUUACACGUGUAAAUAUUAUCAACAAUGUUUGCAUAAGCACAGUUGAUUGUAUAUCAUAUAAUGGCUUGCUAAGCAGCACUUGCUGUUUUGGUCGUAUGUUUGUAUAUGUAUCCUAAAUACUGAGUAUUGCUUGUUCUUCAUGUUGUUUGAUAAUUUUGGUAGGUCAGUUGCUGUACUUUACUCCAAUCUGUGUCACUGGGGGACAAAUGCAGGAAGUUUUCUUGUUAGCCAUUUACUGUAUGUAAUAGUGUGUGAUUCAUGAAAAGCAUUUUGAUAGCUUAAUAUUUGAUUUUAGAACAUGGUUUCAAAAAGCUGAAUAUUUUUGCUUAGUUGAGAGAUGUGCAUGAGUUCAUUGUAUUUAGUGUUUCACUUCAAUUUUUUCAUGAAACACUUGAGUGUUGGGCUGAAAACCUAUUAACUUAUUAGCAAACAAUUUACUCAGUGAACUUAAAAGUUUUUGUGAAACUGGGGUAGCAGUUUCUGAUAAAUAUGGUCAAUUUCAUUGGUGUAUUCUGCCAAAGGAUUUUAGUUAAAUUAGAUUGCAGAUUUAUGAUAAAAACAAUUGCUAGGACAAUGUUCAUUCUACUUCAGGGAUGGGUGAGUGUAACAAUAAGGCCUAGAAAGCUGUGUUACUGCAUUCAAUAGGCCGUACUGUAUCAGAAUGAUACUGUAUUCUAAUUUACUUGUAAUUGGUUUAAAAAAAGUGGUCAUAUUAGCUAAUAUUUAGGGUGUUCUAACUGAUAAAUGUAUGUGUCCGCUAGCUUGGUACUUGUAUAAAUUAAAUGAUGUUUUGGUAAAGUUUGACAGUUUGUAAAUAAAUGAACUGUUUUCAGUGAAUAUAAUAAUACUGGUACUUAAUGCAUAAACAUGAUGUCUACAUGACAAUUUUUCUGGAAUGGCUAGACUACGUAUUUUCUAUGCAAUUUUGAAAAAUGAUCUGAUCUGAGUGUUUCUUAUGAGUCAUGCUAUUCAAGUUUGAACAUCGGCAAACUGCUAUACUAACAACGAUGUGGCACGCACUUACAUUAUUGACCUGUGUGUUGGGAGAGAAGAUUAUUGUAGUAUAAACAUCACUGUACUGAUCAGUCUGCGCUACCUCAUGUUUCAGUGGGCAUGUUGUUUUUUCGGUUGUAAGGGAAUUCCCAAUUUAUAAACUGAUGCCUUGCAAAGAGUAGCUCCUCUCCGAUUGGCUGCUUAUUGAGUGAGUAAAAGCCACACCCACUCAUAUUUUGAGUGUUGCAAGGAGAUUGGAUCUGUGUUGGUUUGGUGGAUUGGAUUCAGUGUUAUUUUAAUUAGAUGACAAUAGAACUAUCAGUUGAUUGUUCAGCUGUGAAAAUUACAAUCAGGACUGUUUUGUGUACUGUAUCAGAGUGGACAAACAGUAAAGUUUGUAUAUAGUCACUGUAAACUAACAAUAAAGUAUCA